AUGAGUCAGAAUUUGAAAUUGGCAGAUAAGCGUGAUACUUUGGCCAAACUUGAGGAAAAAUCUAAAAAAUGUUUUAAAGAAAUCGAAAAGCUAAAAAAACAACUAUCUACAAACAAAAGGUUAUAUGAGCCAGAAAACACAGGAGAUUCGAGUCAUACAUUGUUUACCAUUAAUAAGCAUUCGCCUAAUUCGUGGGCGAAGCAGGGAAACAAAGAAAGCCAAUCUUCCGUGUCAAAUGCAAAACCAAAUGCAAAUACUGAUCAAAGUAACAAGCCCCUCGUCAACACAGAACAAAACAUUAACCCGGGCAAUCAAUUAGAACAGUCAAUAAUUCAAAAUAAGGAAACAAAUGAUAAAGCCAAUGCAGAAACUCCUGCAAUAGACAAAACCGCUACUGGGGAUAAUUUAAACAAACAUGAGAGUUCAGAUUUCGUCGGGGUACAAAGAAAAAAAAUAAAACAGCUAUAUCUCGGAGGCGUGCGUCUGGGCACAACCAUAGAAAAAAUUAAAGAAUACAUGAAGCAAAAAGGCAUUUCGCCAACGUUUAUUCGAAUUUUUAACAGCAAAAGAAAAGGCACAAUUGCUGUCCGAGUUAACGUUAACGAGGAAGAUUUUGAUUGUGUAUCUAACAAUGACUUUUGGCCCAAUCAUGUCUAUGCUAGGCAGUGGCUGUCAAAACAAAGUUGGGAAAAAAGAGGUGUAUUACAUAACCAAAAUACGAGCCAACAAAACUAAAUUUGGGUUGCUGGAAUUGCGGUGGAAUAUAUGGCAAUUUUAUUUAUGCAAGAAAACUCUUGCAGAAAUUAGACGUGUUAGCUUUAAGUGAACAUUGGCUGUACAAAGAUGAAUUGUCAUUUGUAGACAGUCUCAAUGAUAAUUUUAGUGUUAUUUCGUGUACAAGUUCGGAUAAUAACAUCAGAGAAAGGUGGAAAAGAGGUCAAGGUGGCGUUGCUUUGUUCUUAAAGAAAACCCUUAAAGUCCGAGAAAUACAAACAGCGUCUGAUCGAUUGGCAUCAGUGUCAUUGAAGAUUGAGAAUAUUAAUUUUGUUAUUGUAGCAGUAUAUUUGCCUUCAAGAAACAAUGAUCUAAAAGAAUACAUGAAAACUUUAGAUACAUUGGAACAGUUUUGCGUACGUCACAAGUCAUGCGGAACAAAGUUGUUACUGCUAGGUGAUUUUAAUGCACACAUCAAGGAAGAUAAGCUAAGCCAAGAUUGGAAUAAUAGAGGCAAAAGAUUACAAACAUUUCUGAGUAAAAUGAACUUGGUCGCAGUUAAUUUGUCUCCAUGGUGCGAGAACCCCCAGUUUACAUACCUCUCAAAUACGGGAAAUUCCAUCGUAGACUACAUUUUUGUCGGAAACGACGUAAUCGAGUAUGUUGACUUAGUGCAAGUACUGGAAGAGCACCCAGACAACAUAGCAUUUCAUUUACCAGUAACUAUUAGUAUAAAUUUACACUCGGAUGUGACGGAAGAAGAAACCAGCAAUGAUAACAUGAGUUAUUUAUUUGAAAGAAAUAUCGUGGAAAAGCUGCACUACGGAACACCUUCAAGCUACAAUCAAAAACUGGUUAACUCGGCAACUGAUCUGCUGAGCAAAGAUUUUUCCGACAUUAACAAUUUUUAUGAAGAGCUGAGUAAUUUAAUAAAGAGUGCGGCAAUGGUCCUACCACGGGUUCAAUAUAAGAAACAUAUAAAACCGUACUGGAAUAACUGUCUUAAAGAAGCGAAACGUUCCGUUAUGGCUGCGAGGGCAAAAUGGAAAAAAGAGGGAUCCCCGAGGGCCUCAGAAAACGUUUAUUAUAGACAAUAUAAGAAAGCUAAGACUGCAUAUAGGAAGGCACAACGUAGAGCUGUUUGGGAAUACGAAAGAAAAGAAUUCGAGGACAUAGCCAAUUCUAUAGAGUUAGAUCACGAGACGUUUUGGAAACUGAUUAAAACCAAAGUACGUAGGAAAAAGAAAAAACAAAAGGUGGUGGCUUUAGAUGUGGACAAUGCUGUGCUUACGAACCCCCAAGUAGUUGCAGAUCUCUGGGCAAACUAUUACGAGAAGUUAGCUACCCCUCCGGAACAUGUGGACCAAGAAGAGAUGAAAAGUAAAGUUGAUAAAAUUUUAAAGAACUCGGAGGGCAUGUAUGACUAUACAUUUAAUUCUUCUAUAACAGCGGAGGAAAUCACUUCAGUAAUUAAUACUCUUCCUAAGGGAAAAUCACCCGGUAUAGAUGGAAUUACAUAUGAACAUAUUAAAUAUGGAGGUGAAAUUAUCGUAGAACUGCUACUGAAAUUGUUUAGUUAUAUUAUCGAGCUUGAAGAGUUCCAAAGUCCUUCAAAAUGGCGAUUAAGAUCCCUAUUCCUAAAGGCAAUAAAACUUCACGAACUUUUGACGAUCACAGAGGAAUCAGUUUGUUGCCUUGCAUAAAUAAAAUGCUUGAGAGAAUUGUAUUAUCACGACUGCAGAACGAAGAAAAGUACUCUCACCAACCUCUUCAGGGUGGUUACCAAAGAGAACAGGACGCUCUAACAACGUGUUUCGUCAUCGAUGAAGUAGUAAAUCAUUGUCGCGAAGAAAAAGAAAAAGUUUACGUAGCGUAUAUGGAUAUUACAAAAGCGUUUGAUACUAUGUGGAUUGAGGCAAU